AGGGUACAGAGAGAGAUGACGAUAGACAGCAGGGAGGAGGAGUAAAAGAAGACAAACGACAUGAUGAUGCUGAGGCUGAUCUUAAUGUUUUGGGACUCAAUCAGACAGAGAACAUGGAAUACACAAACAAUGAUCUGCUACAUUCAGUUGAAGGUAAAGAAGUUUCAUCAAGCCAGACAACCGAAGUCAAAGAAAAGAUUCCUGAGCUUACUGGAGACAAAGUGCUCUAUCAGGAAAUUAAUGUUGAAGAAACUGGCAGUAAAGAGCUUUCUCAUGAGGACAAAAUAGAGACAAAAAAUGGUGAUUAUAACGAGGAAGAGAGAGAGCUCAAUAUGAAGCAUGAUGAUGAAAAACUGAGCGAUUAUGCUGAUGUUAAGGUGACGAAUCAAAACACGGUUGGCACUGAAUUAAUGACAGAUGGAAAAAUUCUGCCCGGUGAAGCAUUUGAAGCUCAGGCUGUGAUAUCUGAAGAAACGGCACAACAUUCAACUGGUUCCCCGCUCCAGUCUGAUAGUACUGAUGACUCUGAAGCUGAAAGUGGAGGUGCUUUUGGCCUUUUCAAAAAUGCCUUUAGCUAUUUUAGACAAACACCUACUGCAGAGACGAAGGAAUCCACAGACACUGCCCAAAGUUUGGACUCUUCUACGCUUGAAACAUCCACCACUCUGACUCCUGAAGAAGAACCAGAUACAGCCACUGAUUCAAGCCAAGUUUAUGUUCAAGAUUUGCUCACAGAUACUUCUGACAGCCUGUCACAUAAGCAGCCUUCCCCUUCCUUAUUGCAGACCCCCUAUUCUCAUCCAAGCUCUAUUCCUCUGAACGCAGAGACUCCAUCACAAACAAAAACUCUCUCCAGAUUUUACAAGAACCUCCUCGCCUUCAUAAGUGCAGACGAUAUAGACAUUUUAACGGACCUGUUUGGGCGUCACAAGCUGCAGUUCUUGGAUGACGUCUUGGGAAGCUCAGAAACAAUGACAGGUGAUCCUGAUACGGCUGACUCUAUAGUGCUGGAUGUAGAGAGACUUCUGCAUCACCACAUGGAGAUGCUUGUUGCUCCAAGCAAAAGGCUGCAGGAUGCACCGCAGGAGGACAAAGAAAAGACCAAAACACUCCUCUCACUUCAGAAGCUAGAAAUGCUGCUAGCAAAAGUAAGAGAGACUUUCAGCACAGGAAAACCAGACACCAGUAACACAAGCCAUCAAGCUGAUGGCAGCUGUGUUGGUGAGUCCUGUUCAACUCCCAGUAAAGAUAAGGAAAUGUAUGACGAGUUACAAAAGGUGGGAGAUUCCUCGGUAGGCCUGGAUACUAACACUCCGAAAGAUGAAUGGAUGGGACGGGAUAAACAGAGUGAUAAAAAGAUAGGUGGUGGCACAGAGGAAGAGAGGGUAACUAAGAAAGAAGAAAGAGACAUUGAGCCAGGACCGCCAAAAAAGCAAGAAGGGGUAAUACAGCAAACUCUGGACUUUGUUCAGAAGAUCGCUGAGGACUCAAGCACUCAUGUCCAUGCAGCGAGAGAGCUCCUCAUAUGGCUGACUGUGCAGGUUGUAUCUGCACUGCCUGAUGACAUCAGACCUGGACCAGACCUGUAUGGGUUGCCAUGGGAGCCAGUCAUCGUCUCUAGUCUGGUGGGGCUUGUGACAAUGCUGCUGUUCACCUGUAGAUGCUACAGCUCUGUAAAGAGCAGAUUUUAUCGAAGUAAAGAGCGAUGGAUGGCUGAGCAGGUUGCACAGCUGCUGGAUGAGAAGUGUAAAGUCCUUGAGACUCUCAGCAAAUGUCAACAAGAGUAUGAUGACCUGGAGGGCUCGUUAAGAGACAGUGGCGUUCUGGCCCAAACUCAAAAAACAGAAGAACUGGAGGUCAAAGCCAGACAAAUGGGACAUGACAAAAAGGAGCUGGAGAGGGAUCUUAAACAACUGAAGGAUCAACUGGACCAGCAGAAAGAACACAGGAAAGAGCAGGAAAGGAGGAUAGCAGUGCUUGAGGAGAGCAUGGAAACAUCUGAAGAAGAAACUAAAGACCUCCACUCACAAGAAGAACAGGCACAAACUACCUUGAAAGUGUACAAUAUGAACAGUGAAAGACUGCAGAGGAAUAUGGAAACAGCUGGAGAGGAGAACAAAUUUUUACAGGAAAGCAAUGCACAGUUGAGGCAGCAGGUGGAGGGAUGGGCGGAGAGAGUGAGCGAGUUAGAGGAAGAGAUAAGCAGGUGUGAGGUUUCCCACAGUGGGAUGCUGCAGGAUGUGACCAACAAGGAUGAGCGUAUAUGGUCGUUAACAGACAGGCUGCUAAGGAUGAAAGCUUGGGAUCCAGACAUGGAGGAAGAGGGUGGUCAGGAAGAAGGAGAACAGGAGACAUCGAAUGGUACAGCGAGGAGACGAGAGGAAAACGGAAGAGGAGACAAAACAGACACCCAAGGCCAUCUCCAGAAAGUCCAGAAACUAAUCUAUGCUGCUAAGCUGAAUGCAGACCUCAAAUCUGUAGAUGAAGACAAGGACAGAGCAUUUGCCAAACUGAAUGAUGAAAUAAAAGCUAAAGAAGACCUGGAAGGGAGCAUCAAAGAACUGGAGAAUGAGAAAUUAUCCCUGCAGUCAGACUCUGAGCACUACUCAGAUCAAGUGCAAAGGCUACAACAGAAACUCAACAUUAUGACAGAAAUGUACCAGGAGAAGGAGCUGAAGCUUCACAGGCUGCUGACAGUAGAGGAGAAGGAGCGCAUGCAGAAGGAAGAAAGGUUAAACAAAGCAGACAAAAACAUUGCUUUGGCCAUGGAAGAACUCAACAACUAUAGGCAACGAGCAGAGGAGAUGGAAGAGGAGCUGGAAAAAUCCAAACAGUCUUACCAGACUCAAAUAUCAGCACAUGAGAAGAAGGCACACAAUAACUGGCUGGCAGCCCGUGCAGCUGAGAGAGAGCUUGCAGACAUCAGGAGAGAGAACGCCCUCUUCAGGCAGAAGCUGACAGACACACAGUUUAAACUAGAUGCCCUGGACAAGGAUCCCUACGCGUUGGAUAGCUUGGCUAGACCACUGCCUUUCAGAGCAGAAAGGUCACCUUACGGUCCGUCUCCUUUGGGUCGACCUGCAUCUGAAACUAGAGCUUUCCUAUCUCCACCAACAUUAAUGGACGGGCCCCCUGCUAGACUGUCUCCUAGAGUGCCUCGUGGUCCUAUGGACCCCCCAGGUGGCCCAGGGGACAUGGAGCGGAGCGGAGGUCCUCAUUCAGACAGUGGCUCAAUCUCCCCUACAUGGGAGAGAGAUCGCAGGGGACCCCCACCUGGACCCCCCGGGCCCCUAGGACAUCCAGGCUAUAUGUUCUCUGAUCCAGGAGGUCCAAUGUACAGGAGAGCUCCGCCUCCUCCAGGGGCUAUGGGCCCUUUUCCAACUCCUGGCCCUUUUCCACCUGGCCCUCUCCCUCCUAGGGGUCUCCCCCCAGGACCGUUCCACCCUGCAGACAUGACUGAUGGCUCAUUCCGAGAAAACAGUUUUGGUCCUGGUGAAAUGGAACACAGAGAGUCUGGUCCUGGUGAUCGAAGGACUCCCCCUGAAGCUGAAUCAAGGACGGGGGGCCCACUUCUUCCUGGACAUCCAAUGGGCCCCAUGGAUGGUCCCUUUCCCCGCAGACCCCCCUAUGGACCACCACCUCCAGAUUUUUACCCUCCCAGGAUACCUGGGGGACCACCCAUGAGACCUAUGUGGGCCCUUCCACCUCCAGGGAUGAUGUUCCCUCCGCGCUUCCCUCCUGGUGGACCUCUCCCUCCUCAUCCUCUACAAGCUCCCAUGAUGCGCCCUCCUCUCCCCGAUGGCCUUCCACCUCCUUCCAUGGGUCCUCUUCCUCCUCGACAUGCCCUUCCCUCUCCACCACACAGCCAGUCACCAGAGCAGCACACACCCUCACCUGAGGAUGCCAUUUGAGUCUGACCAGGUGUCCUUGAGCUGAGAGAUGCAGCGUUUCUGAUUUAAAAUUCCUGUUGUUAGAUGGAUGUUUGGGCAGGUUGCUGUUUUUUUCCAUUCCUAUAUUUACUUUAAAGUCUUCUUGUUAACCAGGGCUCUGUCUUUAAUGAAGUGCAGGCAAACUAUCAGUCCUCUUUGUUUCUGUCUUUCUGCUGCUGCUUGGUCUUCAUCCUCUUUCUCUCUGCUGCCCUGACCCUUUCCUUUUUCCUUUCUGUGACACUCUCACUUGGCCCUCUCGUCAUCCAGCACUAUUCUCUGUUAAGUAGUUCAUUGCUGUGGAGUCACAGUGACGGCGGUUGAGGCAGGAUUCAUGAGUGCAGCAGCUGAACCUGAAGAUGUACGUUUGUGGGAACGUAGCCAUGGAAACCAGAAACAGUUGUUUAUUUGCUUGACAAUGCCACAAAGGACUUCGAUGGCACUUAGUUUCCAUGUGUGGAUGUAGAGAUCAUGCAUGUGUGGUAUGCGGCAGAGACUGGAGUGUUUAACUUAUGUUCACAUUUCACCCUGAUGGCACAGUAAGAGAUUUCCUUCUAAAGGAGAUGACUAUCAGGGAAGACAUUUCCCUGACAUUUUUUAGGUCUCAAAACACCAACAACACUUUAGCUGUUGUCACCAUCCUUUUAAUGAACCUGUUCAGCAUGUUCUGGACCUGAAUUUGACUAGACUUCAAAAAGAGUACACCCAAUCAUGCUUUGUCUCUGACUGACUUGAUCUGAAAUUUAGGAUUUUUUUUUUUGUUGAGGAAAAUAUGCCUCUAAGGUGUGUGAGAAAGUUUUAUAAAUUAUAUUUGAAGUUGCAGACCUGACUUUCAGUGGCCUUUAACAGCAAAGAUCAGGAAGGAAACAAUGCUUUUGAUCAUGUUUCAAGGACUGGCACAUAGCCUAGGCUUGAAGAAGUGGCUCGAAGCAGCUGCUUACUGUGGAACUAAGCUGUGACUCAUUCUGGCAGUCACACAACAGUGAAAGGAAGAGAGGCGCCUUUAAAAGCCAGAUGACACCCAUGUGAAUUUUGUAAUAAAAAAUGAUUAUUAAUAGAUGAAUAAAGACUGUCCAAUUGUA